GCAAGGAGACAAGCAGUCUCGGAUGAAAUUCGAGCCACUUUAGUUGACCAUGUCCUUGUCCAUGGUAUGACUAUGAGGGAGGCUGGGCAACGAGUACAGCCAAAUUUGAGUCGCUUCACCGUCACCUCCAUCAUCAGAGCCUUCAGGGAGGAAAACAGGUAGGUGUACUUACAGUAAGACUGCUACGUACAGUAACUUUAGAGUGCAAACAUUGUUGCACUAUGCUACUGUAAUAAAGAAAUGCAUCAAAUUGCCUCGCAUACAGAUAGAGUUUCAGUAUGUUUCCAUUUUUCCUGUAAAUCCUGUAGGAUGUGUGACAGUUACAGUAAUGAGUGCUUCUAUUUUCGUAGGACACAGAGACGACCACCUGGUGGAGGCAUGCUAAGGCUUUUGUCGGAGGAGCAAGAGAGGGAGCUUGUAAACAUGGUCAUUGCCAAUAAUGUAAUCCGCCUGCGAGAGAUUCAAAGGAGAGUGAUUGAGGAUAAUCAUCAUUUUUGAGGGAUAAAUGCCAUCAGUCUCUCCACAAUUGAUCGUAUCCUCCGAAAGCACCGGUUCCGGAUGAAACAGGCGUACCGCGUUCCAUUCAAACGAAACUCUGACAGAGUGAAAGACCAACGAGUGGAAUAUGUUCAGAUAAUCUUUGAGAUUGAAGGCUGGCCUGUUCCCCAUGAAAUUAUCUUUGUGGAUGAGGCUGGUUUCAACCUGACCAAAAGAAGGAGAAGGGGAAGGAACAUAAUUGGCCAUCGGGCUAUCGUAGAUGUCCCUGGUCAGCGCGGAGGGAAUGUUACUAUGUGUGCAGCUAUCAGCUAACGAGGGGUACUCCACCGUCAUGCCAUUAUAGGACCCUAUAACACUAGGCUCCUCCUUGCUUUCCUUGAUGGUUUACGAGAGCAUGUGUUCCAGCUGGACCUCAGGGAACCAGCACAGCCAGAGCAGCCUCACUACGUUGUUGUUUGGGAUAACAUCAGCUUCCAUCGCGCUGCUCUGGUUUGUGAUUGGUUUACCAAUAACCCGAGGUUUUCUAACAUCUUUCUGCCUGCAUACUAUCCCUUUCUAAACCCGAUAGAGGAGUUUUUAUCAGCAUGGCGGUGGAAAGUGUAUGACUGAGAACCUUAUAUCCGUGCUCACGUCCUCCAGGCCAUGGAAGAAGCCUGCCUAGACAUAUCGAUAGAUGCAUGCCAAGUGUGGAUCAGGCAUGCAAUAGGAUUUUACUCUCGCUGCCUGGCUAGGGCCAAUAUAGCCUGUGAUGUGGACGAGAUUCUCUGGCCUGACCCAGAACAAAGACGGGAUGCUGAGGUCACCACUGUAUUUGCAACCAAGGUCAAGUCUUUCAGCUUUGUGCCACAUUUGAAAAGAAUGCCUUUUGAGAACAAGGUUACAUCAAACUGGCAGACUAGUCUUCAGACAAAUGGAGCAAACAAGUGUCAGACUUCACGAGAGCCAGGGGAUUCUGAAGAGAGCAUGACUAAUAAGGGCGUCUACAAGGCUGAGGUGAUUUAUAUCCAAGACCAUGAUGAGGAAAAGAUUGGAGAAACAGUCAAGAUGACCACUCAAAAUGAGAUACAGUCUGCUGAUAUUUUAGCCUUUAACUCACUCUCAACGCUUGCUGGACCUCAUGUUGAAUCUGGUUGCACAACUCCUAAGCCUAGCCCUGUCACCACUGAAACCAUUUAUAAUAAACAACCCAACCUUUCUCAUCUAGACUUUCACAACAUUUCAGUGGGUGCUGAGGUCAGCUCGUGUCUGUUUUUAAAAAGCCCACCCCAGAGAGAAGAGGUCCUAAGUCCUGCCAGCUCUAUUGAUUUCCUGACCUCCCCUGCUUCUUCUAAAGAGUCAAUUUUCUCUGAGAGCUGGGACAAGGAGAGGAGCUGGUCAGCUCUUCACAUGUUGUCACCCGAUGGUUCUCCCGACCCUUUUAGUCGAACAGUCUCCCCGUGUUCUUCCAUAAGAUCAGGAGCCUUCACUCCCUCAGUGGUGAGAAUUAAGAGACAUGCCCUGGCUCCAGGUUACAGUCUGCUGCAGAUGUCGCCCACUUGCGAAACGCCCUGUUGUGACAGUCGGGGGACAUCACCUUGUCCCCUCUCGCCCCGUGCAAGACACAGACCCCCACCAACUCAGCUAUCCCUGCUAACUGCCAUCCUCCGGAAAGGUCGUCUACCUGUCCUGUCCUCUGCUUUACAGAGACCAUACACUCCAUGUUGGCCUAUUACUUCAGUUAGCAUGACUUCCUGUUUAGCAUGUUCAGCAGCAUCUACGGUUUCACUCAUGAACAUGUCUAAAGCAAAGUCUUGUUCCUCUAUAGACAGGCCCUGUAGGGAGUCUUGCCAGGAUUCAGAACCACAGCCUCUGAAACAAGACCAAAAUGCUCUGGCAAUAUCAUUUUUAAGCAAUGCAUGUGACAAAGGACAACUGAAGACACCAGAAAGAUUUGACUCCUGUAGACAUGCUACCAGUAAUAGUAGCAUUGCCUUACCUACAAAACACAGCCCUUUGACUUUACCAAACUUACCUACAGUCUUGGCUGCCCCUUCUUACCUGUCUAAAACAGGUCAUAAGGACAGUAGUUUGUCUACAGCUGCUGGCCCUCCUUCUCAUACCUCCUUCUCCCACAUAAGGUCCAUGUCCCCUAAAUCAAACACCUUGUCCUGUUGCAACUCUGAUAAAAACCCAUCAGUUUCAUCUGAUUCUGUGGAUCCCCAGUCUUGGGCAUCAUUAGUUCUCAAUGAUAGACUAAAAUCACAAAAAUUGUCUGAAAAAGAUUCACUAGGCCUAAAACAGGGGCAACAGUCAUCUGAUUUCUCUGCUAGAGGGGAUAUAAUAAGUUCAUCCGAUCAUUUAGCCUCUUUACCUAAACCUCCACAGAGUUCAUAUAAAUCUUCCUCCUUUCCUUCUCCGAAAUCACGUGAACCACAUGACAACUCUUCAUCCCUGUUUUUAAGCCAUAUAACAAACAAACAAGAUACCCCUUUCCAAAAUGGCAGCAAACGUGACACUGAAAGAGUACACCUGUCAUCACCAGCUUCUCCCUCUCCAAGACCCUUAGGUCUCACCUGUUUGUCCUAUACACCUCCAGUCUUUCCUGCUUGUCCCUCUGUCCAACCGUACCUGCAGUUCUCUACCUCAGAGCGUUUCACGCCAUCCCCAGCAGCCCCAAGCAGUCAGCUCUCACCCUCAUACUCUCUCUGUUCAUCACCCUCUCCUUCUUUAUGGGGCAGCACCCAAGACUGCACAGAUGGUAAAAAUAGAAAGACAUACAAGAUCAAAUCGACUUACAGGGCAAUCGCUGCUAUUCCCACAAAUACACUACUUCUCGAACAGCAGGCCAUAGAUGAUGAGGUCAGCAAGAAUGAGGCUUUGCUAAGACCAGACAGCUGUUCUGCAUGGGAGGACCCGCAUUCAGAGAUGUGCUCUCCUGCUCAGCUGCGUCAACAGUCAGCAGAACUAUACGCCACCAUCGAUGAAGUUCUGGAAGACCCGAUCCAGAGACAUGUGAACAAAGCCACUGCGAAGUCUUCAGCAGCAGAGGCACCAAGGGCCAACCCGCACUUUGAAACCUCUGUACCUGAAAAAACACUGACAAAGCCUGGAGUUAUAAAACCAGUCACUCUAACUGUCAGAUUAACAGACAGUAAAGACGAUGAAGAAUUCCACCCAAACCCUUUCAAGAGCUAUUUUGGAUACACUUCACCACGUUACCAUUACAAGGUGUUGUCGACGUGGCUCUCAAAUGACAGAUUACUAUCGAAUAGAACAUGGACUGGAAUGGCCGGCUGCACCGCACUGAAAUGGCCGGCUGCACUGGUCUGGAUGCCGGCUGCUCCAGACUGGAUGCCAGCUGGGCAACCGGCUGAGCUGGACUGGGCGUCGACAGAACAGGACAGGACAGGAUGUCGGUGGCUGGGCAGUGCUCUCUGGCAGCUGGGUAGCAUUCUCCGACGGCUGGGCAGCGCUCUCUGGAGGCUGGGCAGCAACUAGGACACCGGCUGGAUCGCCGGCGGGACAGGAACAACACAUAGGACGGAGUGUCGACUGGACAGGCCUGGGUACCGGUUGGGAUGCCGGCAGGGAUCUGUAGCGGGAACAGGAUACCGGCGGUCUCAACCCUGGAGGGGAACCCGACGACCUCAACCCUGGAAGGGAGCCCGGCGGUCUCGACCCUAGACGAGGUUCCGGCGGCUUCGACCCUGGAAGGGACCCCUGCGGCCUCGACCCCUCCCGCUGCGAUCCCUCUAUCUGCUGGGUCCAAAUAAUGGCUGGUUCAUUCUGUCAUGAUCGUGGGUGGUGAGGACAAGGACAGAGGACCUAGACGCAGACAGAAGGUAAGGGGUUAACAAGACAUUUAAUAAAAUAUAAAUACAAAACAAACACCCUUGGGGGUGUAACAUAACAAAACAUGGCAAUGGGAACAAGGACUAACUAGUUGUGAUGUGACAUUUGAAGCGAGGCAUCGGAGCUUGUGUCGAGCAAAAAUGGGCAUGCCAGAUGAAGCCUCGAUUCGAGGCUUGUGUUGUUAACGAAGGAAUCACGUGACCAAUGACAAACGAGGCCUCGGUUUGUAUGGAAUAUGUCAUCGGUUUCGUCUGAGUAUCGCUCCCGGAUAAAGCAGUUUCGAAACUCGCGCCACAUGUGAGUGUUGCGGCGUUUCGGAGAGGUGUCAGUAGUAGAGGUAGCAGAAGUAGAGUGUUAGAGAGUCAGAGAAUUUUGUCGUAAUUUUUUUGUGUCAUAUAUGUGUUAGCCCUAUACAUCAUGAUUACAUUAUAUUAGGCUAGAUUAGUUAUAUUAGAUAGAUAGUAUAUUGUCAUUAUUAAUUACAUCAGUUAUAUUAUUUUGUUAUAUUAACUGUUAGAGAAGAUUGGCUAGUUGGAUUGUUUUGGAUUUGGACUGGACUGCUUGUUGAUUUGGAUUA